CACUACCCGGCUACCGGUGCCAUGCUGCUUGCUGUGUUGGGCAUUGGGGGUGGGGCUUGCGCACUACAUUUCCUCAUCCAAUGGCUCGUAUGCAAAAGGAUGUCUCUGGCGGGGAAGCAUGUACUGAUCACAGGCGGUUCGCAAGGCUUAGGGCUGUCGUUGGCGAAACUGUGCUACACCAAGGGUGCGAAGGUGACCAUUGUGGCGCGCACCAAGAAGAAGUUGGAGCAAGCAUGUGAGGAAGUGAGGAAAAUCCAAAGCGAGACACCAGGAGCGAAGAUUCAGAACAUUUCGAUGGAUGUCUCCUCGAUGCGCAGUGCCCACUUCGCAGAGCUCAUGACCGAAGCCGCGCAGGCGGAGGGCUUUGGCCGCGUGGACGUGGUGGUCUGCAACGCCGGCACCGGUGUGGCUAAGCUGCUGGUUGGAACACCCUUGGAACAGAUCGAUGAGCUCAUGGACGCGCAAAUCUCUACCAACCUCCUUGGCUCCUUGCGCUGUGCCUCUGCGGCUGCCCAAGUCAUGGCCAGCGACGGCCUGGGGGGCCGCGUCUGCAUCGUGUCCUCCGCUGCGGGGCUGAUCUCCUUGCCCGGCUAUGCCGUGUACUCGGCCACCAAGUUUGGACAUCGAGGAUUCUUAGCUGGAGCAUAUCACGAGCUGCAGCAACAUGGAGUGGAUCUUUCUGUGUACUAUCCCGGAAGUAUUGAAACCCCGGGGUUUGAACAUGAGAAGCAGCUGAUGCCUACCGUGACCUCCAGGAUUGAAAGUUCCUGCUCGGAUGUCUCCAAGGCAGAUGAUGCCGCUGCAGUGCUGCUGGCGGGCAUCGAGAAGGGGACCAAGGAGAUCACCAACGAGCUGCUGCCCUCGCUGGUGGUGGAUCACCCCACUGGCUUUGCGCCGCUGGAUGCUCUGGUGGCGGCGGUGACGCAGUGCAUCCGGGCAGGGUGGUCCACCUACCUGAGGGUCAUGGCCCGACAGUACAUCAGUCCAGUGAGCCGCAGUGCUUGAGACCAGUGCAAGCGCCGUGAAAA